AUGAACAUCCGUCUGAAAGGCGAAUUGGUUGAUUAUUUGCUGAGCAAGAAAGCAAUUCAAACUGUAAUUUUCGUGAACGGAAGUGUGACCAUCAAUUCCGGUGUGGAAGGUGGAACUGAAUCCGAAACUGGAGACGCGCCAUGUUCGACAGCAGCUACGAUCUCGUCCUGUUUGGGUGUAACAUUGAGUGGAGUGUACCAACUCAGUGUCGGCAAUCUGAUCCAAUGCGUCUACUGUGAGUGCAGUCCGCCGUUCCCAACGCGCGUUCCAACUGGGGAAUGCUGGCUACAGGUACAGCGAAAUGAUGGCUCCGAUAAGGCACCUCAAAAGGAUUUCUACCUUCGGACUUGGACGGAAUACCAGAACGGAUUCGGUUCACCCGAUGGCGAUCACUGGCUUGGAUUGGACGCCUUGCAUUUGAUUACCGCCAAUGGACCGGAGAUGCGUAUGUUGUAUGAAGUGGGAUUUGUUGAUGAACUGAUUGUUCCUGCAUUCCAAAUCGAUAAUGCGCAAAACCUCUACCGUGUAAUGCAGCCUACCAGCGAUGUAUCCAGCGACCUGCAGGUCAUUGCAUACAAUGCACCCUUCAGCACCAUCGAUGAAGAUAACCUGAACAAUCCCUUCGGACAACCGUCGGAGUUCUACGGCGGCUAUUGGUACGGGUCUCCGAGCACUAUUCUCAACAUCAACAACGAGCCUCUCACCUCCCGACGAAUCAAAAGGAUGUACAUCAAAUUUUGA